AUGGCGUCUGGACCGGGCAAGGCUGUGACGUAUGGGCUGUUUGGAGCGCUAGCGGGCAAGGCGACCGGCAAGGCUCCACCGGCAGCGACACGGAGAGCGGGCGCAGGGCCGACUGGCGGGAAGAAGACGGCGGCGGCAAUCAAGUACGGGCCGCCGUCGAACGACUACGUCAAAGUCCGCGACGGGUAUGUGGUGGCGUACGACCGGCGGAUGCGGACGGCACGGUGGGUGGCCGAGCAUCUGACGCGCGACUCGCUGUAUCCCAAGUAUGGGCCCGGCGAGAAGAAGCCGCACCGGCGCGAGUGCAUGUUUGCGGAGGACAAGAGCGUGCCGAGCAAGUUCCGGUCCAAGCUCGAGGACUACCGCGGGUCGGGCUACGAUCGCGGGCACCUCUCGCCGGCGGCGGACCACAAGACAUCGCAGCUCGGGAUGUGCGAGUCGUUCCUGCUCUCGAACAUCUCGCCGCAAGUCGGCAAGGGCUUUAACCGUGACUACUGGGCACGACUGGAAGGCUUUAUGCGGCAUUUGACCAAGGAGUACGACGACGUGUAUGUGUUGACUGGCCCCGCGUGGGUGCCGGAGAUCGACGCUGUCACUGGCAAGGCUUUUGUCCGCUACGAGGUCAUUGGCUCGCCGCCCAACGUCGCGGUUCCAACCCACUUUUUCAAGGCAGUCCUCGCCGAGACCAAGGACGGCCGCAAGCGCGCGGUUGGAGCAUUCCUGACGCCGAACGCGCCCAUUGCCGAGAACGAGCCGCUCAUCAAGUACUCGGUCUCGCUCGACGAGCUCGAGCGGCUGAUUGGUCUCGAGCUCUUUCCCCGGGCCGCGCUUGCAUCCGGAGUCCGCUCUGGUGGGCGUGGCGUAGUUCCGCUUUGUGACGACACAAAGUGUGAGUUGCCGCCGCCGUGGUCGCCGCCUCCCAAGAAGAACAAGUCAUCAUCGGCUUAGUUGAAGUCGCACUGGCUGAGAUGCACUAAACAUGAUGUGGCGC